GAGGAGAAACAUGCGGAUUGUUUUCAACCAAACAGGAAGUGAUCUGUUUUACUUGUACACACCUCGCUUUCUGUAGCCCUCGAAAUCAAUCCAGGAAGGGUUACCGUCAGACUCAAAGUGCACCAUGGGAGGAGCAGUGCUUCCUCUGGUCAUAGGAAGUGUGGGAGUGUUGCUGCUGUUCCAGAUACUCCUCCGCCUCAGACGGGGAGCAUCCGUCCAGGGUGCGGUCGUGGUCAUCACAGGAGCCAGUUCUGGGAUUGGAAGAGAGUGUGCACGAGUCUUCCACGCUGCAGGCGCUCGGCUUGUGCUGUGUGGAAGAGACACGGCUCGCCUGCAAGAGGUGGUGCAGGAGCUUAGUGGAAACUCAGGAGACGGUCAGCGCCAGACUUUCGCUCCCAGCACUGUUGUCUUCGACCUGGCCAAAGCAGACUCUGUGGGAAAAGCUGCCGAGGAGAUCCUAAAAUGCUACGGACAUGUAGACGUCCUCAUUAAUAAUGCAGGAAUCAGUUACCGUGGCAACAUACUGGACACCCACAUGUCUGUUCAAAGAGAUGUUAUGGAAACCAAUUACUUUGGUCCCAUUUCUCUCACGCAAGCUCUCCUGCCCUCCAUGGUUCAGAGGCGCAGCGGCCACAUCGUUGUCAUCAGCAGCAUCCAGGGAAAGAUAAGCAUUCCUUACAGAUCUGCUUAUGCAGCAUCUAAGCAUGCCAUUCAGGCCUACUUUGACUGCCUCCGGGCAGAGAUAGGACACCUGGGUAUCCCAGUAACGGUGGUCAGCCCCGGGUACGUCAGAACCAACCUGUCGGUCAACGCUGUAACUGGAGAUGGAUCCACGUAUGGAGUUAUGGAUAAAACCACGGCGUCGGGUUGGGACCCCAGAGAUGUGGCACACGCGGUUCUGAAGGCCGUCCAUCUGAAGAGCAAAGACGUGGUUUUGGCCGGACCCCUGCCCACGGUGGCCAUCUAUCUCCGUACGCUGUGGCCCGCGCUCUUCUUCAAACUCAUGGCGUCGCGGGCUCGCAAAGAGGAGAAACGCAAAGACGAGUGACGCGGCAGCUAAAGGGGAUUACGUACGAGUGAGUCGGGCCAAACUGGGACUCUGGACUCUUGAGGUCAAACGGAUUUUAAGUGGACAGAGUGAGCUCUUUGGUAAUUCUUCACGCUGCUGGACCCGGUUCCGGGUCUCGCAGAAACCAGCGUGUUUUUUGCAUAAUGUGGGACUACUUUUAAAAUGUUCUGGAACUGAUCAUGUUCCAGAACAUGAUCCCGGCUGCUUCCUGCUAGAAAUGACGUCUACGUAUGACCAGAAA